AUGAGCGGCGUGGGAGAAAACUCGUCCGACCCUGCCAGGGCAGAGUCGCGGAAACGUAAAGAAUGUUCUGCUGAACUUCUUGGGCCCAGUCCGAAGCGGAGCAACGAGAAACGCAACCGCGAGCACGAGAACAAGUACAUCGAGGAGCUCGCCGAGCUGAUCUUCGCCAACUUCAACGACAUCGACAACUUCAAUGUUAAGCCCGACAAAUGUGCCAUCCUAAAGGAGACUGUGAAGCAAAUCAGGCAAAUCAAGGAGCAAGAAAAAGCGGCCGCCGCCAAUGAAGAGGAGGUACAAAAGGCCGAUGUGUCGUCCACGGGCCAAAGCGUGAUUGACAAAGAUGCCUUGGGACCCAUGAUGCUCGAGGCCCUUGACGGCUUCUUCUUCGUGGUGAACAUGGAAGGCAACAUCGUCUUCGUGUCUGAGAACGUGACUCAGUACCUGCACUACAACCAGGAGGAGCUGAUGAACACCAGCGUCUACAGCGUGCUCCACGUCGGAGACCACGCCGAGUUCAUCAAGAACCUGCUGCCCAAAUCCCUCGUAAACGGCGUGCCGUGGUCCAGCGAAGGUCCGAGGCGCAACAGCCACACCUUUAACUGCCGGAUGCUGGUGAACCCGCACGGCGAGAACCCGGAGCAGGCGCACGAGCACGAGCCGCAACAGCAGCAGAAGUACGAAACCAUGCAGUGCUUCGCCGUCUCGGAGCCCAAGUCCAUCAAAGAAGAAGGAGAUGACUUCCAGUCGUGCCUGAUCUGCGUGGCUCGCAGGGUCCCUAUGAAGGAGAGGCCCAUGCUGCCUACGCACGAGAGCUUCACCACACGCCAAGACCUCCAAGGCAAGAUAACCUCUCUGGAUACCAGCCUACUGCGGGCCUCCAUGAAGCCGGGCUGGGAAGACCUGGUGCGCCGUUGCAUCCAACGCUUUCACCUGCAGAACGACGGCGAAAUGUCUUUUGCCAAACGGCACCAGCAAGAAGUGCUUCGCCACGGUCAGGCCUUUAGCCCCAUCUACCGCUUCUCCCUUUCGGACGGAACCAUUGUAUCGGCCCACACCAAGAGCAAAUUGGUGCGCUCUCAUGCCACCAAUGAACCUCAGCUUUACAUGUCCCUGCACGUUCUUCAGAGAGAGCAGACGGUGUGCGGCAUGGGCCAGGACAUGGGUCCCGGCGCCCAAGCCACGGGCAUGGCUCCAAAGCCCAUGAACUCCUCAACCCCCUCCAUGACUCCGCCAACCCCGGGCAGCUUGCCAGGCGCAGGACCUCAGGGCCAAGACAUUAGCAACAGCACGCCUUUCUCCCCUCCGGGCCCCGCUGGCCCCAGAGAGCCGGCGGCAAUGGGGGGGCACAUGCAGGGCUACCGCUACGGCUGCCCCCCGCCGCACAGUCACGCCGGAGGGAUGCAGCCGCCGCAACAGGGCCAAAACUGGAGAAUGAACAGUCCUUCCCGUGCCAGCCCCAGCCCAGUCGGCGGCCCCCAUCCGCCUCAGCAGAACUGCAUGCUCUCCCCCAGGCAUCGCGGCAGCCCCGGGGGAGCGGGCAGCCCACGUGUCGGCCUCCACUCUCCCUCCCCGGUGGGGAUGGGUGGCGGCUCCACGAGCGGCCACGGCAACAGCUACACCAGCAGUUCUCUUUCAGCCCUUCAGGCCCUAAGCGAGUGUCACGGAGUCGGUCACGGGCACACGCUGGGGUCUCCAGAUCGGAGGAUAGGUUCCCCUGCGAGCGCCCCGGCGGGAUCCGGGCCUCAUCUCUUGUCGAGACCGGGACCGGGUACCGUGGACUCUUUCGAUGCGGGACAAGGCGGACACACGCCAGGUCAGACUGACGGUAACCUCACCGACCCCAAAGAAGAGCCCCAGGACGACGCUCACGCUCGUCUUCAGGACAAGGGGCAUACUAAGCUUCUCCAGCUGCUGACCACCAAAACCGAGCCUUUGGAGACGCCCCUUUCCCCCAACGCUGGUGCGGAGAGCAAAGACGGACCCGGGGUUCGCGGCGGCCUUUCUGGCGUGACGACACACGCUACAUCCCUUAAGGAGAAACACAAAAUCCUUCACCAGCUGCUUCAAAACAGCACGUCUCCCGUGGACCUGGCUAAACUUACCGCGGAGGCCACCGGGAAGGAGCUGGGUCAAGAGCAAGGCCAGGGUGCUUCCGGCACAGACGGUACCCUAAAGCAGGAACCUCUGAGCCCCAAGAAAAAGGACACCACUCUACUACGUUCCCUAUUGGGCAAGGACGACGGCGGGCUGAAGGACAAGACAGCCAAGCUGGAGCCCGGAGAGGUGAAGGUGGAAGGGGGCAAACAUCCACUUGUCAAAACUGAGAAACCAGACGCUGGGUACGAUCAAGCUGAACAGUCGUCGGAGCUGGACGACAUUUUAAACGACCUCCAGAAUGCCCAGCCGCAGCUGUUCUGCGAGCCGCGGCCCGUGUCGCUGCCCAGUCCCAUGGACAAGCAAAACAUUAUCAACGACAUCCUGCAGAUGUCCGAGAACAGCCCGGCGGCGGCACACCCGCAACACAAGAACGUCGCUGGUGGCAUGGGUCCCACGAAUUUUGCUGGCGUACGAGCAGGCUUGCCCGGUAGGGCCGGACCGGCCAGGAGCGUGUCGCUAGAAAUGAGCGCGUCGCCGCAAUACCCCAUGAGAAACACCAGUCCUUACACGCUUGUUCAACAGCAACAGCAGCAAGGCAUGGUGGGAAACCACGGCAUGAUGGCGAACCAGGCCAAUAUGGUCGUCCCGGGAAUGAUGGGUCCGGGUGCCGCUCGUCAGCAAGAAGGUUGGGCGGGCUCAGCCUUGACUCCUCAAAUUGCCCAAGGUCGGAUGGGCCCUGGCGGCGCCCCCAUGAGGUCAGGCGGGCAGCCUGGGCCGAGGCAAAUGCUCCAGACCUCUAUGAUGUCCAAUGCCCAACCCGACAUGGACAUGAGUAUGGUGGGCCACUUCACUCAGCAGCAACAGCAGGCUCCGCCCAAUCAGACGGCACCCUGGCCGGACAGCAUGAUGCCCAUUGAGCAGACUGCUUUCGUCAACCAGAACAGGUCACUACACCCGACUCCUCAGGAGGAUUUGCUGUGUAGUAUGGGCCUGGGCGGGAGCGAAGGGGGUCCGGUGGACGAAGGGGCUCUCAUGUCUCAGCUCUACACGGCGCUGAAGGAUUGCGACGGUCUGGAGGAACUGGACCAGAUGCUUGGCAUCCCUGCUCUGAUAGAACAGAACCAGACACUAGACCAGGACCAGUUCCCACAAGACCCUUCCUCCUUGAUGCUGGAGCAGAAGCCCCCCAUGUAUGGCCAGCAGCAGUUUGGCCCGCCUCCCUCCCACAUGGCGCAGAGGGGCUACCCUGGCGCGCCCAUGCAAGAGGCGGGGUUCCACCCCAUGGCUGGCCAGAUGGCGCCGCGGCCCGGGUACCCCAUGAUGAGAAUGCAGGCCCGGGCGGGACUGAGGCCCGGCGGGGUGGUCCCGAACCAGCCCAACACGCUGAGGCUACAGCUGCAACAUCGGCUACAGUCGCAGCAGAACCGACAGCCAAUGAUGUCUCAGAUGAGUAGCGUGUCAAAUGUCAACCUACCUCUCAGAUCCAAUGCUCCCAAUCAGGGGACCAUCAACGCCCAGAUGCUAGCGCAGCGUCACCGCGAGCUGCUGAGCAACACCCUUCGACAACGGCAACAGCAACAGCAGCAGCAGCAGAGGAGCAUGGCCAUGCGGGCGCAGGGCCUCAACUUGCCACCCAACAUGAGCAACCCGCGGAUCCCCCAGGCCAACCCCCAGCAGUUCCCCUACCCGCCCAACUACGGUACCGGUACAGGCCUGGCCUCGCCACCUCCUCCUAGCAGCCCCUUCUCCUCCUCCUCCUCGCCUCUGUCCUCCCCCAGCCUGCCGUCUCUCGCCACCAACCCCCAGCUCCACUUGCAUGGCACCUCCUCUUCCUCCUCCACUUCCUCCUCCUCCUCCUCCCAGCAGAUGAUGAUGGGAAACACAAACAUGAUGGGCGGACAGUACGGGGCCGUACUCAGCCCCCAAAUACAGCACAGUGCCUUUCAGUUUCCCAACUCAGGUAUGAGCCAGCAGGCAGAGGGCGGUUUCGGGGGUCCCGGCGCGCCACCUAGCCCGCUGCUGUCCCCGCGAGUGGCGCAUGCUCAGCAAUCCCCCAUGAUGCAGCAGGGCCCGGGCGGCGCCCCCUUCCAGGGCUCGCCCGACAUUAACGGCUGGACACAGGGGAACGUGGCGGGCAACAGCAUGUUCUCACAACAGCAGGCGUCCCCUCAGUUCACCCAGCAGCAGCAACAGCAGCAGCAGAAUAACGGCAGCAUGUACAAUGGCGUCCCCGGAAUGGGGCAAAUGGGCCAGAUGGGCGUCACCAUGUCGUCGCCCGGCUUACCCUCCAUGGGACAGGAGCAGAAAUACUGUUGA